AGUGGACAUUGAAGACGAGAACAGGUUGAGUGGAAGGCGAGACCAACAGGGAAUGGCGCAGGGGCGGUCGUAAACCAAAGGUUUCUGUUCUCCACGAUUUUCAUGUUCAAUGUUCAAAGCACUUAUUAUAGUUUCCAGAUAAAAUAAUAAAUUACUGCGACAGCUGAUUCAUCUGCACAUCAACAUUAUAUCCAAACGCACCAAAUCAGUUUCAACGAAUUAUGCGCACAGACUUAUCAUCAUUCUGUGAACAAAAAUAGUUUUCUUCAUUUAAUAUAUUUCAUAGUGAUUGGAGUGUUUUUUUAGCAUUACAAAAGUGUGGCUGGAUAUAGUGAAAAUGGGAUGCUGCUGUAGUUUAUUCCAGAGAGACAGUGGGCCUCAGGGCUCAGAAGUUAAUGAGAGGACACAUUUGUUGGUUGAUCCCGUCAGCAAUAAUACAAACAUACCCAGAGUUCAUAGUGAUGAUUAUGUCAAUCAGUAUGCGAGUUCAGUACCAAAGAAAACAGAUGAGCAAAGCGCCCUGACUAGGAUUCUUCAUGAAACAGCAGCAAAUGUUAUUGAUGUCGGAGCCCUUGAUUCUCACAAUUUGGAGCAACACGAGUACAUGGACAGAUCGCGAGCGUAUGCCAAGAGAAUAGAAUCAGGUGGUGUCAAGGUUCCACAGACGAAUCCCUGCUUGUUGAAGGAUGUUCCAGCCCCUGAAAAACUUCUUUCCGCUGAUCCUAUUGCCUCAGAAGAUCAUGAACUGAUUACUAAUAUGCUCAGAAAUGCAGUGAUUGCGUUGAAUGACGUCAAAGUAGAGCAUAAAGAGGAUCUGGUGGUGCCUUUUCUCACGUGAUUGUCAGUGAAUUCUCAAAUAAAGGGUUCUCCAAGUCCUGCUGAACUUCAGUUCGUGCUUCAGCCGUGAGAAGCCCAACAAAAUCAAGUGGAAACGAGUUCAAUUUAUUUUGGAUGAAUUAUGCAUCAAUUUCACAUAUAGAUUCAAGUGGCUCUCUGAAAUUGGCAACCGUCAUUUUCUCUUUUAUUUUUUUUAAUGUUUUCAUAUCCACUUUCAUUGGAAUGUCUUGACCAACCAUUCAAGCACAUGUGAUAUUGUUGAAUAAUCGUUCAGUUUUGUUCGAAUUUAAUUAUUCAUUCUGGAGUGUUCCAUGAAUGUAAUCAUGGAAUUUACUCUUCAAUGUAGUCAUAGAAGAAUGAAAAAACCAGUAUAUUGUGUAUAAAGAGAGGCAAAUUGGGCAUAACCCAUACGUAGAUUACCAUCCGAAGCUAAGCUGAGGUUGAUAAUUACCCAUUUUUGAAUGUUCAAUUCUCCUUCCUAGAUGCACAUUGUAUUUUGUGAAUGAAGUAAGGAAUGUAGAUUAUUCCUUCGACAUUUCGAGAAUCUCAGGCGGGAGAAAUACGAGGGAAGGAAUAAGCUACUUGUUUCUCUUCAUUUGGAGAGGAAAAUGAAACUUUCAGCGCAGGUGAGAGGGAAAAACAUUGUGGAUCUUUGCGAAAAAAAAUGGAAAAUAAUGAAUUAUAUGAAUAAAAUCAUAAAUUUUAUAUGCAAAGAAAAUGUUAUAAUAGAUGGCGUAAAAUGUGAAUUUUCAACUUGACAUAUGAGGAUACUGACAUUCACAUAUGAGAAUAAUGGAACCCUAAAAUUAUUAGAUAUAGAUAAUGUACGUGUAAUUAAAUUGUGUAAAAAUGAAUUAUACUAUGGUAUUGUGGUACAGAAA